UCCACAGAGAUGGACACUGGGGGAGACUAAACCCCGACGGUGGCAGUAAUCAACCGAAGAAGAAGAAGAAGAAGAAGAAGAACACCGCAUCCGGCUCUUUGUUCGACGUCAUUUCCGGAUACAUUUAAGCUAAUGCUACCCAGAACACAAAAUCGCAAAUGAACUGCUUACAGCUGUGAUAUGUUUGACAUGUGAGGCUCAGUCAGUCAUCGCAGGGAAGAGUGUCUCUCAGUGCUGUGACUUCAUUCUGUCGUCUCUACCUGACAGCCUCUCAGUCACACAUGCUCAUUGUUAGCCUAGCGUUAGCCUAGCUUUAGCUUUAGCCAUGCUCUCACUCCGCUCUCACUGGUCUUCUGGUUUGCGGCUUGCUUGUGACAGGGACCGCAGCUACUAGCUAGCUUGGUAGCUAGCUAGCUUGGACACCCCCAGUAUUAACGUUUUUGUCUUCUUAUUUGUUCGUUUUUUUGGACAUUGCGUCUUUACAGGAACCGCACAGCGUUUGUUAGCUCAGUUAGCAAGCUAGCCAACCGGCUUAUUGUGAGGAAACGUCUUUUUCUCUCGAUGACAUUUAAGUCUGUGUGGACGUUGCCUUGAGCCGGGCAGUAACCUCCCUCCACCGACGUGGGCUCGUCAUCGUCUGCCAGCCCGUUUACACCACCCGGAUCCUUCGUUUCUGUGGUCGUUCCUCUUCCACGAUGGCUUCUUCCUCUGGAAACGACGACGACCUCACCAUCCCCAGAGCAGCCAUCAACAAGAUGAUUAAAGAAACCCUCCCCAACGUACGAGUGGCCAACGACGCCAGGGAGCUUGUGGUUAACUGUUGCACAGAGUUCAUACACCUCAUAUCCUCUGAAGCCAAUGAAAUAUGCAACAAGUCGGACAAGAAGACCAUAUCUCCUGAGCAUGUCAUCAAUGCUCUGGAGAGCCUUGGUUUCGCAUCAUACAUCACGGAGGUGAAGGACGUCCUGCAGGAGUGUAAGACUGUAGCUCUGAAGAGGAGGAAGGCCAGCUCUCGACUGGAGAACCUGGGCAUCCCAGAGGAGGAGCUCCUCAGGCAACAACAGGAGUUGUUUGCAAAGGCGCGGCAGCAGCAGGCGGAGCUCGCCCAGCAAGAGUGGCUACAGAUGCAGCAGGCUGCCCAACAGGCACAGAUGGCGGCAGCAUCUGCCAGCGCCGCCCAACAGGCCGGUUCCUCUCAGGAUGAAGAUGAAGAGGAAGACAUGUGAUCACAUGACGCCACUCCGCUCGUCCGAAUCCCCUCCUGGGACAGCGCUGGCACACAAAUUCCUCAGUGCUGUCAUCGGCAGAGACAUGAGGCGUGUUUGACCGCCGGUAUAAAUCAGUGUAACAUGGAUAAUGCACAUUGGAAUGGACACUGAAGAUAAAGAUGACGAGGGAUUCCAAGAUAGCCUCACGUUCAGACACCAGAACCUGAAAAUGAUUUGGAAUGAGAGGCUGCAAAGUUAUUGAUCAGCAUCAUCUUCCCUCCCCCCUUCCCCCCUCAAAUGCUUCUGUUUAAUUAUGUCUUGAUAUUACGUUGUGAGUAAUUUGUAGAUUUCUGGAUGUGUUGUGGACACUGCGGGCAGACACUGCCUCGAAUAUGUCAGUGAAUUUUGGUGAUAUUGCAACAAGUGUUCGCACCUUCGGGUACUGCACCAGAUAGCUUACUUAUGUUAUCCGUUGUACUAGAUCCCUUCUGGUGGUUUAGGAGAACUGCUUUAGAAUAAUUUCAGAGCAGUCGAUUUCUCCUUUCUUGUGGUUUGAUGGUCACUUUUACAGAAAGGGUUUUCUUUAUCCCCUCUUGAUGUAUUUGUUCAACAGAGGAUAAUUUGAGGGGUUGUGAAUAUAGGACUUAUUUUGUUAUGUAGAGAAAUAAAAGGACAUUUUGGUUAAUUUUAGCUCAAUCAGCUUUAUGUUGCAUUUCCUUUCUACCUUGAACCACCCGCAGUAUUGCAAAUUAGCUACACGUUUCAGAAACUGUAUAUUUUUGUCUCAUAGAACCAAAGACAGAGGACAGACUAACAGCCCAGAGUUAGUGUUUUUUUUAAAGGUGUAGGUGCUGGGGUGAUUCUCGUCACUGACUCCGGGUCAGUAUAAAUAAUGUUAAGGAUUAUUAACCUUCGACUUUGUAAGACGCUUUGAUAUCCAGGCUGAAUUUGUUAUUUCCCCUUUCUUCGGGUGCAGUAUCAAACAUUUGCAUUGUGACUGUGGUCGGUCCACAGUGUAAAGACAAGUAACCUAGUUGUGAUACACAUUCACUCGCCUAUGCUACGAAGUUGUAUUCUUUAAGCAAUAAAGGAAUCAUAUUUU